CUCAAACAAAAUACACACAAACAAGCCACUCUCUCUUAAUUUAAGUAAAAUUUAGAUCAAAAUAAAAAUAAAAAAUGGUGCUCCUAGAAAAACUAUGGGACGAUGUGGUCUCUGGUCCUCACUCUCAGCGUGGCCAUGAGAAGAAGCUCAAGCAACUCCAAACCCAAAACCUACUAACCAACCCAAUCGACGGAGAUGCGGCGAAAUGUCAGCGGUCGUUGUCGAUGCCGGGGGCGACGGUGGCAAGUCCCGGAACACCGACGUCACCGGUAACACCGACGACGCCGAGCUCGGCACGUAGUAAUGAUAACGUGUGGAGGAGUGUGUUUCACCCAGGGAGCAACCUCAACACUAGGACUAUUGGAAAUCAAAUCUUUGAUAACCCUUCCCACUCUUCCUCUCCUACUGUUUAUGACUGGCUGUACAGUAAGGAAACGAGGAGCAAGCAUGUCUGAAAUUGAAUGACCUGAUGACAGAGUUCUAGCUACUUAGUUGCCUUAUGCUGUUGUUCGUCAUUCAUGAUGAUAUUCAUGAAAUGUAAAUAUAUAAGUAUGUAGUUUAUGCUGUUGUCAUCGUCUUCAGACGUGAGUUUUGCUGUUAGUGUGGUUUUCGGGGCUAGAUUUCUUUUUUGUUCUAUGCUGCCUUUGUUUAGCUAUGUACGUUAUUUUCUGACGUUGCUGCUUGUAUUGAACGUAUCAACUAUAAAAUCGACGUUUGUUGAUCA